CUCAUAGUUUUGAUUUGCUCCAAUAUCUCUCACACAUUUGGUGAACAAAACAAUUAUCACUUACUUGCAGUGGUUCACCCUCUCUCUCUUAUCCCUCUCUAUGGUAUGAAUACACAUCUCAUAAAAGCAUUAUCUCUCUAUUCUAUGAAUCCACAGUUUUCAUAAGCAUACUCAGAGAGAGAAAAAACCCCAAGAACUCAAAACCAUGACUUCCCACAGAAGGGACCUCUCUAAUCAUUUCAUCUUCCAUCUCCUCCUUCUUCUUCUCCCUACCCUACUCCAAGCUCUCAACGCCGAUGGUGUUACUUUGCUCUCUUUCAAAUACACAAUCACCAGUGACCCUCUCUCUGUUCUACAAAACUGGAACUACGACGAUGAAACGCCAUGUUCUUGGACAGGUGUUACCUGCACAGAGCUUGGGAACCCAAACACUCCAACAGACAUGCUUAGAGUUACAAGCUUGGUUCUUCCCAACAGACAGCUUCUAGGUUCUGUUUCUCCAACCUUGUUCUCAAUCCCAAACCUAACAAUCUUGGAUCUCUCCAACAAUUUCUUCCACGGGUCACUCCCGGAUUCAGUCUCCAACGCUACUCAGCUUCGUGUCCUAUCCCUAGGAAACAACAACGUCUCGGGUCAACUGCCUGAUAGCAUCAGCAACGCGGCUACUCUUCAGCUAUUGAAUCUCUCAACAAACGCCUUCACGGGCAAACUCCCUCAAGAUCUCUCCCUCGUCAAGAACCUGACCGUUCUUGAUCUUUCUUCAAAUCUUCUAGACGGAUCUCUUCCACAGGAUUUUUUCCAAGGGACAAGUCUCCAUUACCUCAACCUAUCACACAAUCAAAUAUCCGGAGACAUCUCACCAACGUUCGCUCAGAAAGUUCCAGCAGGCAUCACUAUCGAUCUCUCGUUCAAUAAUCUCACAGGACCAAUCCCAAGUACCCCUCCGAUGCUUAACCAAAGGGAGGAGUCUUUUCUAGGUAACCUAGGCUUGUGCGGUCAGCCACUGAAGAACAACCCUUGUUCAAUCCCUUCUACGCUUUCAGACCCACAAAACGUCUCCGAAACUACUUCACCAGCAGCAAUAGCAGUCAUGCCUAGGCACUCAUCUCCAACAAACCUUUCGCAAGCGGAAUCACCACCAAACCAGCAAGCAGCUAAUAACAAAAGCAAACUCAAACCAACCACAAUCGUGGGAAUCACGGUUGCGGAUAUCGCUGGUCUAGCUAUCCUAGCCAUGUUCGUCCUCUACGUGUACCAGCUCAGGAAACGACAAACCUACCAAGAGUACAGCACUUUCAAAGUCUUGAAAGACUGUCUCGAGAAAAACGACGCUUUCUCCGCAAAGAAACAGAGCGUGUUCGCCUUGGAGGCCACGGAAUCUCCUCCAGCUUCUGCUAAACAACCGGGAUGGGGCUCGUGGUGCGUGACGGGAAGGUACGACGAGACAUCAUCAUCGUCGGAGAGCGACAUAGAGAACCAGAAACAAGACAAGAAAACAGUUGACGAGUUGAAGAAACACAACAACGCUGAGACUCAACUGGUGACGGUAGACGGAGAGACAAAGCUGGAGCUAGAUACUCUACUGAAGGCGUCAGCUUACGUGCUGGGCACGACGAGAAGAGGUGGCAUCGUGGUGUAUAAAGCGGUGCUGGAGAACGGCAUGGCUUUGGCGGUGCGGAGGAUAGGAGCGGAGAGCUGUACGGCGGUGAAGUUGAAGGAGUUCGAGAGAGAGGUUCAGGGUCUCGCUAAGCUUCGACACCCGAAUCUCGUUAGGGUUCGUGGCUUCGUUUGGGGGAGCGAAGAGAAGCUUCUUAUCUCCGAUUAUGUGUCAAAUGGAAGCUUGCAUUGCUCCUCCAUCUACGCAAAAUCAGGCUCGUCUUCAACAUCCUCCCAAAAUCCUCUCUCCUUUAAGGCACGGCUCAAGAUAGCAAGAGGCAUAGCUCGAGGAAUUGCCUUCAUCCAUGACAAGAAGCACGUGCAUGGCAACAUCAAGCCCAAUAACAUUCUCUUUGACUCUGAGUUUGAGCCUAUGAUUGCUGAUACGGGCCUUAACCGCUUAAUGACUUCAGCCCAUUCACUCAUUGCUGUCCCAACAUCGAGCUCACAUCACCAUCCACCAGAAUGGUCUACAUGCGAGAAACCAAACCCCAAAUGGGACGUUUAUUCCUUUGGUGUUGUCUUUCUGGAGCUUCUCAUUGGUCGAGUUUUCUUGGUCGAUCGAGAUUUUGUUCGAGAUUCUGAAGUCGAUGAGAAAACUUGGUUCUUGAGGUUGGUCGAUGGGACUAUCAGCAGUGACGUGGCUCACCACGAGGAUGAAGUGGUUGCAUGCUUUAGGUUAAGCUAUAGUUGUGUCUCUUCCUUGCCUCAGAAGCGACCGUCCAUGAAAGACGUUGUUCAAGUGCUAGAGAAAAUAUCUGUUUAAUUAGUUGGGUGCUUUCGUUUAGAAAAUAUGAUUUUGGUUCAUCUUUAAAUUUGUUUGUCACUAUUUCUUCUCUUUGAAAACAAUUAUAUCUUGAAUUUAUAUCUUGA